AUGCCACAAAAAAACGAAUCCCGGAUCUAUGGCGACGUCAAGCUCUUUAAGAAAAAACAAAAACACCAACGCCAGACCGUACAAAUUAACACCGACACAGACGCUCAAGUUCUUAAUGUUGCUCAAACACUCGGAAUGAUACCACCUGGUUCUGUGCCUCAACCUGCACCCGAACUUCCACCUGAACUUCUACCCAACCCUCCAGAUCAGGAUGCUGAUGGUUGGGAAGACAUCGACGAUGUCCCAGAGUACUUGAGAGAAUUCAUUCCUAACCCUCCUCCACACUCACCUAUCAUCGAUCCCGACUGUAAUAACUUUUAUCGAAGGCAUCGAGGACUUCUAGCAAUUCAACAGCGAAGUAAACUAUCCAACGCGUGGAAAUCUCUCUUACCCCAACUCACUGUCAUCUACCUUGAACGACAACAUCACACCUUGAAUUGGUCAACACACACUUCCUACUUAAAUUAUCACCCAAAGUGUUCAUGCAUGAUCUUUACUACUCGAGAAUUUGAUUUGGUUGGUUUGGCAGGCCGAAUGCGUAAACAAGUCGUACGAGUCUGCUCGUGUAUGUCUCUUCCAAUGCGAUUGAUGCACUACGGCUACCUUGCAGGAUCCCCCAAUUUACCCACUGUUGCCUUUUCCAUACCCGUAGUUCAGCUCUUCCACGAGCUCUGGAAGAAGACAACACUAUCUCUAAGCGGAUUUUUGGAAGGAUACAUGGUGUUUCUUGACUCGCGAUCUGAGAAAUACCUGCAUACCCGUAACUCCAAUUAUACAAAUCAAAAUCUCAGGCGUCAAUUUACUCAGGCUGUUGAUGUGUACCGAAGUAUCCUCAAGCAACAGAAGAUGGUUUAUCAACAUGCGCUAAACUUGUCAUCAUCACAAAAGCUUGCAGAUCAAUGUCCUAGGUGUUUCGGUCCAGCAUGUGGCGAAGUCAAAACUUCACCCAAAGAACUUGAUUUCAUAUUGGCGAUGGAUGGUAAUUUCCAACAUCGUCAUCACCUCAAAGCGUCUACCGAUCAACCUGCAGAAGAAGAUUACCCAUCUUUAUUUAUAACUCCCUUGCACAUAUCAAUCCACGAGCGUAAAGUUGAAGAUACAGCUUCUCAAGCUAAAGGUCUCAAGACGGCGUGCUCUGAAUCACACACCGCGGCAGAUGAUGUUCGCAACAGCUCGUCUUGGGAACAAUGUGAUGACACAGGCGUUUUUGGGAGUACCUGUCGCCAUGAUGUUCCUUUACGGUUCGUAAACAUCUACAAAAGUGGAGAGAAGCUACAUUAUGCAAUAACCAUUCUUGACAAUAUACUUGAGGCCUUUCCUGAAGCGCGAGUUGGUUGUUUAUACGAUAUUGGAUGUCAUCUCGAUGUUCAUAUGGAAAAACGAAAACUUCUCCCACAGUACCGAGAUCAACUUGCCUUUGCUACGUCAGUCUUCCAUGCGUAUGCACAUCAGUGGCCAUGUCAGAUCAUGUAUCAUCCACGAUUCAUCAAACACUUUGGAUUAUCCGACGGAGAGGGGCUUGAAAGGCUGUGGUCAUUUUUAUCAGAUUUAGUUUCACUUAAUAGGGUCUGCACACGACUUCAUCGGCUUCAGUCCAUCAAUAUACGUGCUGAACUGUAUGGUGAAGAGCUUACAUUUUCAUCUGCAAAAUGGCUAGUGAAAAAAUAUCACAAUGCUGUCGAAGUCUUUGGGCUGUCCCAAAACGCCUUACUCAAUCUCUACAAACUCAACAACCCAGCAAAUGAUCAAAGAUAUUUGAGUAAAUUUUUCCGUGAGCAGUGGGAAUCCGAACGCGCAGCACAAGGUAGUAAAAAUCAUCACCUGGAUAUACUGCGCUUGAAAUUAGUAAAUCUUCUUUGCUUACGAGAUAAUUUUCAAAAGCAGUGGGCUAUCAAUUUCAACGCUGAACAAGAAGCCAUGCGUGUACAAACAUUAAUUACUCUCAAUCAACAAAUUCAAGAAGCAAGCCAAAAAGUAGGCAGUGCAGGUGAUACGAUCUUUGCUAAUAAAGAUCAUAAGGAGGUCAUGUUAAAGCUAUGGAGCAGUAAGCACGAGUUGCGAAAGAAGUUCAUAAGUGUAUGUGAAGAAAAACGGCCCUUACAACUCAGUCGAACCGAUGGUAGGUCUUCCAACCUAGGGACCAGUCGGAAAUCAAUUGUGAUCAACGCUGUGAAAAAGCACGCGAUGGCGCUCAAAGGAACUCUUGAAACUUACCUAACUCAGCUGGCAAAUUAUCGCAAGGUUUUUCCAACCAACAUAGUACCAGACCCAGCCUUAAUGGACCACAAUCGGCUGCUCGUGCUAGAGCCUGAUGCACCAUUUUGGAAUGAUGGCUUCAUCACACACGCCAAUGAGCCUUGGGCCAUCGAUCCCAACACACAGCACGGUAUGAGGCAAUUAGCAUAUUAUGAACGAUCAAAAGAAGAGUUACGUCGCAUUGGAUGGGAGAUCAGGCAAUCAAUGCGAUGGGCAACUCAACAACAUAUAUCUUUGAUGGACAUAUUUCAAGACCUUAGGAAGUCAGAACCAACUUCUGAUGCUGCUCGAGCAUUUUUGUCUUCGCCCUUUCUCUCUUCACCUGACCCGACCACGAUAUCAGAUGCAGAAACUGUGAUUGUAUGGACUCGCCUAGUUGAUGUCUUACAUCUACAAGAGGUGUGGAAUCUGGACCUUAUGGAAAUCUUUCUCAAAACCGAUCUUCAAGAUGGGGAUGGGGAACUCCUUGAACAAUGGAAUUCUCAAGUCGCUUUGAUUGCCAGAAUGCGUGCAAAUGGCAGUCUAACUCCAGUCCUCGGCAAUUUCUCGACUAUCACGGUGGAAUCUUUUGAAUCCGACUCUGACCCGGAUGCCACCGACACCGAUCACACAACAGCUGACGAAAUUGAAUCUUCAGAUGCUGGAUCUAGUGACGAUGAAGAGCUGCGGAUUUUGGAGGAAUUGAAUGAAGAAGAUGCACUUAGUGCUCUAUCCAGUGCACUCAAUUUGACUAAUUUGAACAAUGAUGAUCCUGACGCAUCAGAUGUGCCUCUGCCUUUUGUUAACUGA